AUGGGGAAAAUGGGGGAGCGAGUGAAAUCUCAAGGAUAUUUUGGAUGGUUCAUUGUGAUGGUAGUAUUGGGGGUGGUGGCGUUCGCUGUAGUGUUUACUUACAAGAAGAAAUAUGGGUAUCUUCCAGGUACUGUCUCUUCGAAAUAUGGCGAUGCUCUCACGGUCGCUAUGCAGUUCUUCGAUAUCCAAAAAUCUGGUAAGUUGGUACACAAUAAGAUACCGUGGAGGGGGGAUUCGGCUCUAAAUGAUGGGAAGAGUGCUCAUGUGGAUCUUUCGAAGGGAAUGUAUGAUGCUGGUGAUCAUAUGAAGUUUGGAUUUCCGAUGGCGUUUACUGCUACUGUGCUUUCUUGGGCCAUCCUCGAGUACAGCGUACAUAUGAAUGCAGUAAAUCAAUUGCAGCCUGCUAAAGACUCUCUUAAAUGGAUCACUGACUACCUUAUGAAUGCUCAUCCUAAACAUGAUGUGCUUUACAUCCAGGUCGGAGAUCCUGUGGCAGACCAUAAAUGUUGGAAUAGGCCUGAAGACAUGACUGAGAAACGGCCUCUCACAAUGGUGAACCCUUCAAAACCAGGUUCAGAUGUUGCUGCUGAAACUGCAGCAGCCUUGGCUUCCGCAUCCUUGGUGUUCAAGUCCAGUAAUGCAACGUAUUCGAGCUUGCUUCUUAGGCACGCCCAGGACUUGUUUGUUUUUGCCGAUGAAUAUCGAGGUUCUUAUAGCAAAAGCAUCCCUGAAGUUCGAGCAUAUUACGAUUCAACCGGUUAUGGGGAUGAGAUUCUGUGGGCAGCUAGCUGGCUCUAUUAUGCAACAAAAGAUAGCACAUAUCUUGAUGUAGUAACUGGAAAAGAUGGACAAAAGUAUGCUAAUUGGGGAACUCCUACUUGGUUCAGUUGGGAUGAUAAGCUACCCGGAACUCAUGUUUUGUUGUCCAGAAUAAGCUUCUUUGGUCUUGACGACGACGCAGAUAUAGAUAACCUCAAUGAGUACAGAAGGACAGCCGAGGCUAUCAUGUGCAACCUCUUGCCAGAUUCUCCGACCGCAACAGGAAGCAGAACCGAAGGCGGUCUAAUUUGGGUCAACAAGUGGCAUGCUUUGCAGCAACCUGUAGCUUCCGCCUUUUUAGCCCUUGUAUUCAGCGACUACAUGCUUACAUCCGAGACCCAAAAACUCGAAUGCGAUACAGAGUCUUUCUCACCAUCCGAUCUUCGAAAGUUUGCCAAAUCACAGGCUGAUUACGUGUUGGGAGACAAUCCAAUGAAGAUGAGCUAUCUUGUUGGAUACGGUAGCAAGUACCCGCAAUACGUGCACCAUAGGGGAGCCUCGAUACCUGCCGAUGCCAAACCCAGCUGCAAGAAUGGCUUUAAGUGGCUCAAAUCCCAUAAACCGAACCCGAAUGUUGCGACCGGCGCGCUUGUUGGAGGACCCUCUAAGUACGACAAGUAUAUAGAUUCACGUAACAAUACAAUGCAAGGUGAACCGAGUACGUAUAACAGUGCGGUUCUUGUUGGGCUUCUCUCUGGAUUGGUUACGUAUUCAUCGGUCCCUAAAUUCUUUUUGUGA